AUGAGUGAGCGACGGGCAGCAGGGACCACCGUUGUGCUCGUUUGCUCACUUCUGCUCGUCGUCAUCGCCUUUGGUCUCUCAAUUGCCGGUCUUUUGAGCCCAUCGUGGCAAGUUGUUAGCAUCAAAGAAUUCAGGGCAGAACAUCAUCACGGUCUCUGGUUGGAUUGCACUCGUCCCGAGGUACAAUAUGCUGUUUUUCGUGGGGUCGCCGAGGGUAUGCCCCUUCAUUGUACCUACAAAUUUGACGCCUCAGCCAGUCAGGUAAUUGAUGAGAACAUUGGUGAUGUUGAUGAGAACAGUGCGGCCGGUGAAAGUGAACAUCAUCAAUUCUUUGGUUGGCACAAAGUGGUGUUAAUUUGUUUUGUCUUCUCUCUACUCUUCGCUCUCCUUUCGCUCUGCUCCGGAUUGUGUGCUCCAUGCAACGGAGCCUGCUCGAUCAUCUAUGCUGUAUUGGUUUUCUUGGCAUUUUUCUUUUCGAUCGUCGGUGAUGCGGUCUUUUUUUUCGCCGCUCAUCGAGUCGAUAAUCGAUUUGUGCAAGGACUCGUUGGGACUUACGAGCAAGAAAUCGGUCACGCAUUUGCUCUACACGGAGCUGGCAGCGGUCUCUUCUUGCUCGCCUGGUUGGUCUCCAUUGUGGCCAGCUAUAAACUCGUUCGCUCAUCAUCGGAAAGACCCGGCCUUCCGCUCAAAGAAUUGGCUCCAUUGUAUGGAAGUAGAAUGCGACAU